CUCUGUUGGUGCCUGCUGGUGCCUAGUCGUCAUUCUGCGAUGUCUACCGAAACCACCGACGCAACGGAGGCCCAACAGAAAUGGAAGCCUCCCCCAGAAGGCUGCCCAUGUUGGGUGGAGAUCCCUGCUCGGGAUACUGAAGCACUAAAGGCAUUCUAUGGUGCCAUCUUUCCAUCUUGGGAAUGGAGGCCAGCUCAAUCAGCUGAAGACCAAAGCAAAGUGCAGCACUAUAGUUUUGCUGAACCAAAAGGAUUGUCGGGAGGCAUAGUCCAGAUGCCGGAGGGUUGCGCUCCAACAGAGCAGACUAUGGGCAGUGGGAUGACUGUGUACUACUUGGUCGACUCCCUUGACGAUAUGGAGAAGAGAAUCCACGAAUGCGGUGGUAGUACCUGCCUAGGCAAGACACCUGAGAGUUCUCAUGGAUGGUUUAUGAACUUCCGUGACCCUGAAGGAAACCGCUUUGGCUGCUACGAGUUCCGUCGUAGCUAGAGAGUCAUGAUAACCUGUUACGCAUCGUUGCUCUUCUAGCUAAGCCUGUCCUUUCUACUUGCCUCGGUCACGGGCCAGGGCGGAAACGUCACGGGUUUUUGACAAAGAACCUCUCACAAGCGUGAUCUUUUCGCCAGCACCUCGACUUUCUGGGUAUUGGAACGCAGUCAGCGUGCCUUCUCUGGUAAAGCGUCUCCCCGGGCAUUAUUGUCAUUGUUGUCGCUGUGCGCGUGUCUAUAAUGUCCGUUUCUUUGGGUAGUCACAUCAAUGAUCGCAUCCGACACUCCUUUUUCUGCUGCUUCUCCCUCGUACCAUCGGGCAAAGAAUGCUGCCUAUGACUAUAAACCUCCUCAAAAUGCAAAUGAGUGCUUCCAAUCUGUCCAAUACCCACAGCGGAAUACUAUUUGCUCUUGCAAAAAUCACGACCCUGCCCUCGGUCAAAUCUUCUGAAUUCUUUAAACAGAGAUACGACUUUCGAAGAAUGGCUUCGUUCCACUCCACAGAAAUUCUACAUAAUAAAGCAUGAGCGACACUAGAGAGAUUAUCUAGACGUGAUCUACCUCGAAAUCAGUCUAAGCGUACCCCUGCUACGGAAUCCUGCAAUGAUCUUGCUGAUAUGCUCGAGAAAACUCUACAAGAAAUCGGCUUACGUGCUUGGGGGUUCCCUAUUGAUCGCUGUAUCUAUGAAAGCGAUGCCGACUGGGCCAAAUCCUUCCAUCGGUACCAAUGGCAUGUCUCUGACAGGCUUGAGAGAUAUAAUGGUCUAGAUGUUCUUGGUAGCUUCCAGACUACUUUCUUCGGGACCGAUCUCUGUUUGAAGACGCGAGUACGGCGAAAAUCCGAGAGCAUUUCCAGAAAAACGCAACGAGUGCUAUUCAGGAGUCAGGAGACUCCUCUGAAAUGAUUCAACGGUUCACCCUUCCAUGGGCGCCGGCGUGCCAUCGUUCCUAUCUUUUUAGAGAUGAAGAGUCUUUGCAAGGCGUCCUUUAGGCACCGAUCGACGACUGCCUGAAUAAACAUGCAUUCGUGAAUUUACGGUUGGUGGAAGCCUGUGUCUAUUAUAUAUUUUGAGAGUCGACCAGCCAGAGAACCUACUUAACGG